AUGUGCGCCGGCGGGCUCGCCCUGGCUCCUCCCUGUCCUUCCCCCGACACCCCGCAGGCCUCGGUUACCGUGCACCUGCCUAGAACGCUGAACGUUACAGAUGCACCGUCCCAGGAAGGUCACCUCUCAGAGCAGGAAACAGAGUCACCCAAGGGAGAAAGUGACAAUGUCUUUCUCGUCAGGGCGCAAGGAUUCCCCUUCUCGUGCACCGAGGAAGACGUGCUUACCUUCUUUGAUAGCUGUAGAAUUCGAAACGGUGAGAACGGCAUACACUUCCUCUUAAACAGGGAUGGGAGACGCAGAGGGGAUGCCUUGAUCGAGCUGGAGUCGAAAGCAGAUGUCCAGAGAGCCUUGGAAAAGCACCUGAGGUAUAUGGGCCCACGCUACGUGAAAGUUUUUGAAGUACACGAUAGCGAUGUAGAGGGCUUACUACAGAGUCUGCGGGAUGAGUCGCAAGCCAUAAAUGAUGGAGUUGUACUACUCAGAGGCCUUCCGUUCAGCUCCACGGAGGACGAUAUUGCGGAUUUUUUCUCAGGUUUGGAAAUAACAGACAUAGUUUUCAUUUACCGGGGAGAAAGAAGAACAGGAGAAGCUUUUGUGCAGUUUGCAGCUCCUGAAAUGGCAGCGAAAGCCUUGCUACGACACAGGGAAUACAUGGGCAAUAGAUACAUAGAAGUGUAUGUAAGUAGGAAGCAUCAAAUGCAGAGGCAUGUGCCUUACGACAGGCAGAUGGUGACCUACCACAGAGCGAGAAGAGAAUACGAAUCCGUUUCUGAAGACAGGAGACUGAGCAACACAGGAGACUCGGAUGCUGAAAGAGAAAAUAGGAAGGAGGAAAGGGAAGGAACGGAAAGCUGCAGGCACGUUUUACAAUCUGGGAACACCUCAUCACCGCCCCACUUUGUCCACAUGAGGGGCUUUCCUACCCAAGCUAGCGCCCACGACAUAAUAAAUUUUUUUUCUCCGCUGAAGCCUACAAGGAUCUUGGUAGCAUACAACUCCCAUGGACAUGCCACAGGAGAAGCGGAGGUGCAUUUCGAGAGCCAAGAGGACGCAGUCGCUGCAAUGGCUAAGGAGGGGUCACAGCUGCAGUGCAGUGCCGUUGAAUUGUUCCUGAACGAACAUCCAAAGGCAGAAGACAACUGCUAG